AGUGGAAUACACAGGUAAAUCUGCCCCAAUAAUUUAACUGGUUUGUAUAUUACCAACAAACACAUUAUUUUGUUUUACAAUAGAAGAUAUUUGUCAUAAUGUCAUAGAUUCAGUUUAACUAAAAUCAAUAUUUUUACCAGGAAUAGUAACAGUGCUUUAAUGUUUAUACUUUGGAUCUUUUUGAAAGAAAUAUAUAGAUCAUCACGCUUUCUGAUAUAGAAGACGUACUACUUAAAAUGCAAACAACAACUUACAACACUGAGCAAACCGCUGUGAUUAUAAAACCAACAGGAAAUCCAGCGCGUCAACAAAUUUUCCAUGUGAAGACAUUUAAGAUAUUGGGAGGUGUGCAGAUUGGACUCGGCUUAAUAUUAGUAAUCCUGAGUUUUGUUGAAUUGAUAGCGAUUUCAUCCCUUCUUUUCUGGACGAUACCAAUAUUGCUAUGCUCUGUAUGGUUUGUUGUGACUGGAUGCCUACCAAUGCGCAUGUCAAAGAAUACAGAAUCAAGCUUAAAAUGCCAGAAAAUAUGGUUCAUGGUGUGCAGUAUAAUUGGAGCAGCAGUUUUUUUCCCGGUUAUGUUUAAUUUAUCAUUUUUUGUAGGACUUUCUGAUCAAGAUAAUUAUCGAAACGACUGGUAUAUUGUAUCUUUUUCAAUAACCGCAUUAUCCGUUGCUGAAGCAUUAGUUGCAGUCAUUUCAGCUUCUUAUUGUUGCUGCUGUUCGCCUUGGGAAACAUCAAGUCAAGCAGAUGUUUGUUUUAAGAGUCAAACACAGCUUGGAAUGAAUCCAAAUGCAGCUGGAAAUCAUAUUCAGGAUACAAAUAUUCGCCCAUGGACUGUUUCCUAUAGCUCAGCAGUAUAACUUUGCUAUUCGUAUAUUCAGUUGCAUUUGAUAACUUUGUUUGCAACUAUGGCGUCAUUGAAAUAAGUUCAGCUGAAAUGUCAUUUUUUUAAUUAGGUCUUUCCACUUUUCUGUGAUUUUCUUUUUUGAUUAUUAUUUUUUUUUCGUCUUCCGCCACUUUUCUCUUGUGUAUAAUUUUUGUUUCGCAGGCUGUCGCUUAGAUGUUUGGUAUAUGAUAUCGCACAGUUUAUAAGCAUCUGAAAUUGACCCUGCUUAACCGAAUACUUUUCCGAACACUGUUUUUCUUGUGAGUGCAUCUUAUCAGUAACUGUCAAAGAAAUCGGCAAAUUUAUUUUACCAAAUUGCUCGUUAUAUCCUUAAGAUGUUUUGUCCAAUUUUGAAAAAAAAAAUUAAAACUAAGAUCUUAAUUGCCACAAAAUUAAAAUUUUCCAUCUUUUGACAAUAGAAUAAAACUAUAAUAUUAAGUUAUAUUGAUUAGUUUUAUGUCUCUUUAUCAAUUGAUCUCAGGUUAACUGAUAAUAGUGUUUUAUUAUGUAAUUUCUUAUGUUUAAAUGUAAACGAUAUACAUAUUAAGUCGCAAUUAAAAUGAAGUUAUUAUGCAGAUUAAGUGAUUCAUCGACAUUGACCUCUACUCAGCUAUUUUAUCCACUGCUUGUCUUUCUAAAAAUCUGGCAGUAAUGUAACAAACACUUAUGCAUUAGUGCUUUAACAACGUGUUCCUGUCCACAAUCAUUGCAAUGGAAAAGUAAAAUAUGAUUGAACUUAUACUAACAAUUACUUUAAUCUUUCCACCAGUGAUUUCCGAUCAGUUUGAUUUUUUAAGAAUCUAAAUUUCGGCACUAUUAUUGGUGUUUUAUUGGCAUUGGAAAAAGAACAUUACUACUGGAGAACAUUUUGGAAAUUGUCUCUAACCCAGUACUUCCAUGAACCUCAAAGUGACCUCCUAACAGUAUUUCAGACGUUGUGAAUUCUCCUGCAAUACUGUCCGGAAAUAAGGCAACAUUCGAUUCAUCUGUCAAAUACAAUGUUCAUGCAGAAACCUUAUAAAGCAAUGAACCUGUUCUUAAGAGAAGUUGUUAUUUUCUUUUGGAGUUCGGUAUUGUUGCUAUCUUACUUUUUUCGCAAGUACCGAUGUGCCAUUUAUUUUACAGUGCAUGUGCUUGUCAUGCAUGCGUUUUUGCAAUACGAUUUGUUUUAUCUGCCUAAUCGAAAGGAGUGAGUAUAAUAGUUCAUCGAUGAAGAUCUUUCAGCAACUUUCACAAUAAAGACCAGCAAUAAAAGUACUGUUCAUGUGAUAAA